ACAGAUUAGAAAACAGAAAACGACGCUGAGAUGCAUUACCUUCGGCUUCUUCACUCAGUUUGACAGUUGCUCCACAUUUUGAGAUUCGCUGUGUUUUUGGUAUAGAAAUGGAGUCAACAAUGAAGCAUUUGUUAUCAUUGUUAAUACACAGUAAACACUGCCAGUCUCAAAGACUCGCAAUUGCUGCCCUUUUGCUUCUUCUACUCCCCCUUUUCUUCCCCAAUCUCUUCCGUCCAUUAUCCCGAUCUUCUCCUUCUCUCUUCUCUGAAUGGAAUGCUCCAAAACCCACACAUUUACCCCUUCUCAAAGCUGCUUUAGAUGGCCAUAUUCUGCGUAGAGACCAAUCUGAGCUUUGGUCUCCAUUGCCUUACCAAGGAUGGAAACCCUGCCCUCCUGAUCAUCCCAUUUUUAUUAAACCCUCACUACCUGAUAAAUCUCAAGGCUACAUUCAAGUGUUUCUUGAUGGUGGAUUGAACCAGCAAAGGAUGGGGAUAUGUGAUGCGGUUGCGGUUGCUAAGAUACUCAAUGCUACUCUUGUUAUCCCGCAUCUUGACGUAAAUCCUGUCUGGCAAGAUUCAAGUUCAUUUAUGGAUAUAUUUGAUGUGGAUCACUUUAUUGAUACCUUGGAUCAAGAAGUUUCAAUUGUUAGAGCGCCUCCCACUGAGUACUCUUGGAGUACACGUGAAUAUUAUGGUACGGGAAUACGAGCUACAAGAAUCAAGACUGCACCUCUUCAUGCUUCAGCUGACUGGUAUCUGGAAAAUGUUUUGCCAGUAUUGCAAAGUUAUGGAAUUGCUGCCAUUGCCCCUUUCUCUCAUCGCUUAGCUUUUGACAAAUUACCUAUAACCAUCCAGCGCCUAAGGUGUAAAGUCAAUUUCGAAGCCUUAGUUUUUGUUCCUCGUAUAAAGUCAUUGGGAGACACACUUGUUAAUCGUCUCCGCUUUCCUGCUGGGGCUUCAGGGACAGAGCUCCUGAAGGACAGAAGAGGUGGUACUGGAAAAGAGGGCUCUGGAAAGUAUGCUGUGUUGCAUCUUCGCUUUGAUAAAGAUAUGACUGCUCAUUCAUCCUGUGAUUUUGGUGGGGGUAAAGCUGAACGACUUGCUCUGGCCAAAUACCGGCAAGUGCUUUGGCAGGGAAGAGUUUUAAACAUGCAGUUUACUGAUGAGGAGUUGAGAGGUCAGGGGCGUUGUCCAUUGACUCCUGAAGAGAUCGGAUUAUUGCUAGCAGCUUUAGGUUUCAGCAAUAGUACUCGGCUCUAUCUUGCUUCACACAGGGUUUAUGGCGGAGAAGCUAGGGUUUCUACUUUGAAGCAAUUAUUUCCGUUAAUGGAAGACAAGAAGAGCCUGGCGUCUGCAGAGGAACGGGCGGAAGUUGAAGGGAAGGCUUCUUUAUUGGCCGCAGUUGACUAUUAUGUGAGCUUGCAGAGCGACAUCUUUAUCUCUGCCUCUCCAGGAAACAUGCACAAUGCUCUGGUAGGACAUAGAGCUUACUUGAACCUGAAGACCAUAAGACCAAACAUGGUACUGCUGGGACCGCUUUUCAUGAACAAGAGCAUUGAUUGGUCAGAAUUUCAGCUUGCAGUGGUGAAGGGCCAUAAAAAUAGACAAGGGCAGAUUAGAUUAAGAAAGGAGAAGCAAUCAAUUUAUACUUACCCUAUUCCUGAUUGUAUGUGUCAAAAUUGAAAACCUCCAUUUUUCUUCUUCUUUCUUGUAACUAAUACUAUCUAAUUUUAUUUGGAUUUGUAUAUAGUUGAGUAUUUUACUUUGUGUUUCAA